UACUACUACGACUACUACACCGCCUCCUCUGCACAAAUAUUUCCUCCCAUCAAUCCCAAUGUCACACACACACACACUACACACACUGAGCCAUCUCUUUCUCACACACCAAAUAGAAAGAGACCAAACAACUUCCCAUCAUUUUCAGUAGCAAAAGCCAAGAAACAAAUUAACAACCAUUAAACAUUGGAAACAACAAGGGUGCUACUUUAAUCUUCUGUCUCUCUCACACACAUAUACAUAUACUUGCCUCGUUGACAUGCAUGUUUAGGCGUCAUUUUCUUUAAGCUCAGCCUUCAUCAACUGUGCUCGGAUUAAACAUAUGCAAUAAUUCAAAUAAUUGAUUUUCGAGUUAUUUAAUUAAGUAGAUGAUGCGUUGGUGGAGGCACAGUGAUUUGGAGUUGAAAGCGCCCAUCUUUUCAUGUCCAUUGACACUGAUAGUUGAUAUGUCACUUGGCUUCUUAAUUUGACCCUCUUUUCUCUCUCUCCCUCUCCCCAUCAUUGUCAAGCUAUAUACCCUCACUAGUCACUACACUACACAAUUUAACAAAGCAAAGAAAUCAAAGCAAAGAUUCAUGGGGUCUUUGGGAGGAGGAGGAGGAGAAGUUGCAAGAAAUAAUGCAAUGUGGGUUUAUCCAAAGAUGAUGGGUGCUAACCCUUCUGAGAGAUGGGGACAUUCUGCUUGCUACUUCAAUGGUUUGAUUUACAUUUUUGGAGGAUGCCGCGGGGGAGUGCAUUUCAGCGACGUGCUGGUGUGCAAUCUUGCAACGAUGAGGUGGAACGUGCUCAAGACAUGGGGGCAGGGGCCGGGGCCGAGAGACAGCCACAGCGCCGUGCUCGUGGGCCACAAGAUGCUCGUGUUUGGAGGCACCAAUGGGUGUAGGAAGGUGAAUGACUUGCACAUAUUGGACCUCCUCUCGAGGGAGUGGACCCGCCCCGAAUGCCGUGGAGAUCCACCCUGUGCUCGAGAGAGCCACACGGCUAAUGUGGUUGGUGAUGAGAAGAUGGUCAUAUUUGGGGGCAGUGGAGAAGGGGAGGCUAAUUAUUUGAAUGACUUGCAUGUCUUGGACCUAAAUAAUAUGGAGUGGUCGUCGCCCGAGGUGGUGAACAAGGGGAGCGUGCCCGCCCCUCGUGACAGCCAUAGCGCCGUGGCUGUGGGCCACCGCCUUUUCGUGUUUGGGGGUGACUCUGGUUAUAGAUAUCAAGGAGAUGUUAGUGUGUUGGACAUGAAUAAUGUGGUUUGGUCUAAGUUGGACACGCACGGACCUUCACCCGGUGCUCGUGCAGGGCAUGCUGCUGUAAGCAUAGGCACCAAGGUAUAUGUGCUUGGGGGAGUUGGUGACAAGCAAUACUACAACGAUAUAUGGGUUCUUGAUGUGAUAACGUCUUCGUGGGUUCAGCUUGAAACCAAUUCGCCAAAAUCUCAAGGGCGAUUCUCUCAUACAGCCACUGUCACAAAUUCGGGCAUUGCCAUAUUUGGAGGGUGUGGAGAGGACGAACGCCCUUUAAAUGAAUUGCUCGUCUUGCAGAUUGACUCGCAAACGUGCAGGGCUUUUGGAAACACGUAUAAAGAAGAAACCAAGGUUUUACUCACCAAAGCAGAGAGUAGUGUGCAGCAGAAGACGAUAUUUGUAGGCGACAAUGAAGAUUCAACAUCACAGCAAAUCGAGGAGCUUGAGCUCGUUCCAAAACAGUCUUUCCGUUUUGGUUCUGGUAGGUUGCAUCCCAAGAGGCGAAGAACUAGCAAUUCGAAGCUGCCUGAAGAUAGUCUGGAGCUCAAAGAACAUUCUGUUUCACGGUCACAGCAAUCAUCUCCAUCGUCCCAAUCUGAUCACGAGCAGACUCACAUGCAGAAAAACGCCGGCACUUCUUACUCUUCUUCUCCCCGAGUUCAUAUGAUGUUCAGGCAAAACACGCCCAAUCCAAACAGUUUCCAGCUAAACAAUGUGCCUUCAAACCAGGCCAGCUCGAGGCACGCGGCUUCUACAACUUUCCCCGAGAUGUAUCCAUCAUCGGAGCAUCCGAAACAGGCCAAACACGAUCAUAAGAACGCGAUCUGCAGUGAUGCAUGUCGAGUGCAGUGCAAUGCUGCAGAAACAUUAUCUCUAGGGAAAACAAGAAAUCUGAUGGGAGCAGAGGUACGAGGUCAGGUUGAUGGAGCAUUCGACUCAGGCUACCUCAUGACGGCAACAGUGAACGGGAAAGUCUUUCGAGGGGUCUUAUUUGCUGCAGGACCUGAUCUUGUGUCGCGGGGCGCCAUCCUCAGCCACCAUCCUCAUUCUUCGCCUCACCACGUUGGCGCUAGCAAUGUACAAAACCACGCCAUUCCCAUAGUCGCGUACCCAAGGCAUCCGGUGAAGGUGCUUGGACACGGCCCCGAGCAAGCUCAACCUAGAAGGUCGUCUCCGGAGAGGCGAGGCUCUCUCCCUUUCGGGAAGGAGUCGAGGGCUAAAAGUGAGCUUCAAGGUGUAGUAUUGACACUAGCAAGCCCCGGGAGCGACCGCAGUAGGGUUUAGAAACUCCCUUAGUUUUUUGUACAUUUUGUUGGUGUAGAGUUUAUUUCAAGGAUUAGAUAUACAGUUGAGAGUGUUUGGAUGUUACCAUUUUGAGUUGGUUGGUGAAAUGCUCCAAUAUCUGAGCUAGUAGAGUUUCAUGGUUUCCCCUUUUGGCUAGAGAAUUUAAUUAAGUCAUUGGAUCAUUAAUGGUUCGAUUUUGAUAUCGAUGUUUUCAUUAAUCUAUAUAUGAUUCUUACUUUUGUUCA